UAAAACGCCGCCUUCAGCGCCCCCUCCCCGCCCCCAGCGGAGACUUCAAAAGGCCCGGCGGGCGCCGCGGCCCCAGCACCUAUGAGCCGCCCCCCGCGCGCGGAGCCCGCGUCGGAGUCCGAGGACGCAGAGCGGCCGAAGUUCGAGCGCAGGCGGACCGGGCCGGCGGCGCAGCACCGCGCGCUCAUGCCCCUCCCGGUGCCCCUGCGCUCCGAGCGCCCGCGCCCAGUUUAGGGAAGGGGACCCCGCCCCCCCGCCCCCGCGCCCGCGCCCGGGGCUGCGGGGACCCAUGAAUACAAAUGCCGUUAGGCGCCCGAGGAAGGACCGACCGUCCAGCCUCGCACCUAGGGACCCAGGGGUUUCUCUUCACUUGGAUCUUAGUCUCGUUUGCCUGUCGCCUGGCCUCCACCCAAGGACCUCCUGAAGAUGUGGAUGUCCUUCAGCGCCUGGGCCUCAGCUGGACGAAGGCAGCAGGCGGCCGGAGCCCCCCGCCCCCGGGGGUCAUUCCGUUCCAGUCCGGCUUCAUCUUCACGCAGCGGGCCCGGCUGCAGGCCCCCACGGCCACCGUCAUUCCUGCCACCCUGGGCGCGGAGCUGGCGCUGGUGCUGAGUCUCUGCUCCCACCGGGUGAACCAUGCCUUCCUCUUCGCCGUCCGCAGCCGCAAGCACAAGCUGCAGCUGGGCCUACAGUUCGUCCCCGGCAAGACGGUGGUCCACCUGGGACCCCGGCGCUCCGUGGCCUUUGACCUCGACAUGCACGAUGGGCGCUGGCACCACCUGGCCCUCGAGCUCCGUGGCCGCACGGUCACCCUGGUGACGGCCUGCGGGCAGCGCCGGGUGCCUGUCCCACUGCCUUUCCACAGGGACCCGGCGCUCGACCCCGAGGGCUCGUUCCUCUUCGGGAAGAUGAACCCCCACGCGGUCCAGUUUGAAGGCGCCCUGUGCCAGUUCAGCAUCCACCCUGUGGCGCGGGUCGCUCACAAUUACUGUGCCCACUUGAGAAAGCAGUGUGGACAGGCUGACAUGUACCGGCCCCGGCUGGGACCCCUCCUCCCCCAAGACGCUGGCUCACCUUUCGCCUUCCAGACCGACCUUGCUCUGCUGGGCCUCGAGAACCUGACCACUGCCGCUCCAGCCCUGGGGUCGCGGCCUGCAGGCAGCGGGCCCUGGGUGACUGUGGUGCCUCCCACGCCCUCCAAGCCCCAAAGGACUAGCACCAUAGACCCCCAGCAGCGUGUCACAGUGGGAAGCCCAGCCUGGACCCCACUACCACCUGCCAAGCUGUCAGCCAGUGAAUUGCUUCCUCUCACAUCCCCAGCCUCGCCUGCCAGCAGCUCCAGAUCUGUCCAGACAUUGCGGAAGAGCACAGCCACCAAAAUGCCCAAAAGUCCCCCGACCGAGCCUACAGCCCCUUCUUCAGUUGCCCCCGUCCAAAGCCCGGGAUCCCCCCAGAAGGCAGCUCCGCCUUCCUUUACAAAGUCAGCCCGUCCCACGAAGAAGCCAGCGCUGCCCACUCCCCACCCAGCUCCUGCCAGGGUCUCCCGUCCCACCGUGAAGCCCAUCCAGAGGAACCCCGGCACGCCCAGACCUCCGCCACCCAGCGGCCGGCCCCCACCUCCCGCCACUGGCUCCUCCAAAAAGCUCGUCCCCUCCGUGGUCCAGACUGAGACCAAGAAGAGCAGUAGGGCCAGUGAGCCGGGCCCUGCCCACACCGGCACACGCAGACCUCCCCAACCCACUGUUUUGCACCCAUCACCUGCCCCCAGUCCUGGCUCCAUCAGGACCACUCGGCCACCAGCCACCCUGGCUCUUGGUUCAGCCCCCACUGGAAGCAAGAAAUCCACUGGAUCAGAAGCCACGAGGAAAGCCAGACCCAAGAGCGGCCCCCGGAAGCCCGUCCCCCUCAGACCUGGGAAGGCAGCCAGGGACGUCCCGUCGAACCCUCCGACAGCCGGGCCGAGCCCCAGACCGCCCCAGCCCAGCCCGCAGACCACCCCAGCUCCGGCGUUGGCCCCCGUGCGAUUCCCGUCCUCCAGCCCCCGGCCCAUGAGCAGUGGCUAUUCCUUCUUCCACCUGGCGGGACCCACGCCUUUCCCUCUGCUGGUGGGACCUCCGGGGCCCAAGGGAGACUGCGGUUUGCCGGGUCCCCCUGGGCUGCCUGGGCUCCCUGGACCCCCUGGGGCACGGGGGCCACGGGGUCCUCCUGGGCCUUAUGGAAACCCAGGCCUCCCUGGGCCCCCGGGAGCCAAAGGACAGAAAGGGGACCCCGGGCUCUCACCAGGAAAGGCCCACGAUGGGGCGAAGGGCGACAUGGGCUUACCUGGGCUCUCGGGGAAUCCAGGACCUCUUGGACGAAAGGGACACAAGGGCUAUCCUGGACCGGCGGGGCACCCCGGAGAACAGGGGCAGCCGGGACCUGAGGGCAGCCCAGGGGCCAAAGGUUACCCUGGCAGGCAGGGGUUACCUGGACCUGUAGGAGACCCCGGCCCCAAAGGCAGCCGGGGUUACAUUGGACUCCCAGGGCUCUUCGGCCUGCCAGGGUCCGACGGAGAGCGAGGUCUGCCUGGCGUUCCUGGCAAGAGGGGCAAGAUGGGUAGGCCGGGGUUUCCUGGAGAUUUUGGGGAGAGAGGCCCUCCUGGACUGGACGGAAACCCUGGAGAGCUGGGCCUGCCAGGACCCCCGGGAGUCCCCGGCCUCAUGGGCGACAUGGGAGUUUUGGGCCCGAUUGGCUACCCAGGACCCAAGGGCAUGAAGGGGCUGAUGGGCAGCAUGGGAGAACCCGGACUGAAAGGUGAUAAGGGUGAACAAGGGGUUCCAGGUGUGUCAGGAGAUACCGGAUUCCAAGGAGACAAGGGAAGCCAGGGACUGCCAGGGUUCCCGGGCGCACGGGGGAAACCAGGGCCUCUGGGCAGAGUUGGAGACAAAGGAUCCCUCGGGUUUCCUGGGCCCCCUGGCCCCGAGGGAUUCCCCGGAGACAUUGGCCCCCCUGGGGACAAUGGCCCAGAAGGCAUGAAGGGUAAGCCUGGAGCUCGAGGCCUGCCGGGACCCCGUGGGCAUCUGGGGCCCGAGGGAGAUGAGGGACCCAUGGGGCCACCAGGGGCCCCUGGCUUGGAGGGUCAACCCGGCAGGAAGGGGUUUCCUGGGAGGCCCGGCCCGGAUGGCUUGAAGGGGGAGCCAGGCAGUCCUGGACGGCCGGGGCCCGUGGGCGAGCAGGGACUUCUGGGAUUCAUCGGUCUGGUCGGGGAGCCGGGAAUCAUGGGAGAAAAGGGUGACCGGGGCAUGGUGGGACCCCCAGGCGUGCCCGGACCCAAGGGGUCGAUGGGUCAUCCCGGAAUGCCAGGUGGUGUUGGGACCCCCGGAGAGCCUGGACCCCCGGGUCCUCCAGGAUCUCGAGGCCCUCCGGGAAUGAGGGGAGCCAAGGGACGCCGGGGCCCCCGAGGACCAGACGGACCAGCUGGGGAGCAGGGGUCCAGGGGCCUGAAGGGCCCUCCAGGACCGCAGGGCAGACCGGGCCAGCCCGGGCAGCAGGGAACGGCUGGCGAGCGAGGGCACUCAGGCCCGCGAGGCUUUCCCGGCAUCCCUGGUCCCUCGGGCCCCCCAGGCACCAAGGGCCUCCCAGGAGAACCGGGCCCUCAGGGACCCCAGGGGCUAAUUGGCCCUCCAGGAGAGAUGGGACCCAAGGGGCCUCCAGGUGCAGUGGGAGAACCGGGCCUUCCUGGGGAAGCCGGGAUGAAGGGGGACCUUGGGCCUCUGGGCACCCCUGGGGAGCAGGGCCUCAUUGGGCAGCGGGGAGAGCCAGGCCUCGAGGGUGACAGUGGCUCUGCGGGGCCCGACGGGCUGAAGGGCGACAGGGGUGACCCCGGGCCUGAUGGUGAACGUGGCGAGAAGGGCCAGGAGGGGCUGAAGGGUGAGGAUGGGCCCCCCGGGCCCCCUGGCAUCACUGGUAUCCGGGGUCCUGAAGGAAAACCAGGGAAACAAGGCGAGAAGGGCAGGACCGGAGCCAAGGGUGCCAAGGGCUACCAAGGACAGCUGGGUGAGAUGGGCGUCCCUGGAGACCCCGGACCCCCUGGCACCCCAGGCCCUAAAGGGUCCCGGGGCAGUCUGGGACCAACGGGUGCUCCGGGACGGAUGGGGGCCCAAGGAGAACCGGGACUGGCUGGUUACGAAGGACACAAAGGUGUCAUAGGACCCCUCGGACCUCCUGGACCAAAGGGCGAGAAGGGGGAGCAGGGCGAGGACGGCAAGGCCGAGGGGCCCCCCGGGCCACCUGGAGAUCGGGGCCCCGUGGGUGAUCAAGGAGACCGCGGGGAGCCAGGGGACCCCGGAUACCCUGGACAGGAGGGUGUCCAAGGCCUCCGUGGAAAUCCGGGCCAGCAGGGCCUACCCGGGCAUCCAGGACCCCGGGGUCGACCGGGACCUAAAGGAUCGAAAGGGGAAGAGGGACCAAAGGGAAAACAAGGCAAGGCCGGGGCACCAGGACGGAGGGGGAUCCAGGGCCUGCAGGGGCUGCCGGGGCCUCGGGGCGUGGUGGGGAGACAGGGCCCCGAGGGCGUCGCUGGACCAGAUGGGCUUCCUGGCAGGGACGGUCCAGUGGGACAGCAGGGGGAGCAGGGAGACGAUGGGGACCCUGGCCCCAUGGGCCCUGCUGGGAAGAGAGGAAAUCCAGGGGUGGCCGGCUUGCCUGGAGCCCAGGGGCCCCCAGGAUUCAAGGGUGAAAGUGGGUUACCUGGGCAGCUGGGUCCUCCUGGCAAGCGGGGGACAGAGGGCGGAACAGGGCUUCCCGGGACCCAGGGGGAGCCCGGAUCCAAAGGCCAGCCGGGUGACUCCGGCGAGAUGGGCUUCCCAGGAAUGGCCGGCCUCUUCGGACCCAAGGGCCCCCCUGGAGACAUCGGCUUCAAAGGCAUCCAGGGCCCUCGGGGGCCCCCUGGCCUGAUGGGAAAGGAGGGCAUCAUCGGGCCCCUUGGAAUCCUGGGACCUUCAGGACGCCCGGGUCCGAAGGGCGACAAAGGCAGCCAAGGGGACUUGGGAUUGCAAGGUCCGAGGGGUCCUCCCGGCCCCCGAGGGCGGCCCGGCCCACCGGGUCCUCCAGGAAGCCCCCUCCACUUUCAACAAGAUGACCUUGGGGCAGCUUUCCAGACGUGGAUGGACACGAAUGGAGCACUGAGAGCAGAGGGUUACAGCCAUCCGGACCGGCUGGUGCUGGACCAGGGCGGGGAGAUCUUUAAAACCUUACACUACCUCAGCAACCUCAUCCAGAGCAUUAAGACGCCCCUGGGCACCAAAGAGAACCCCGCCCGGGUCUGCCGGGACCUCAUGGACUGCGAGCAGAAGAUGGUGGAUGGUACCUACUGGGUGGAUCCAAACCUUGGCUGCUCAUCCGACACCAUUGAAGUCUCCUGCAACUUCACACAUGGUGGACAGACGUGUCUCAAACCCAUCACGGCCUCCAAGGUCGAGUUUGCCGUCAGCCGGGUCCAGAUGAAUUUUCUGCACCUCCUUAGCUCUGAGGUGACGCAGCAUAUCACCAUCCACUGCCUUAACAUGACCGUGUGGCAGGAGAGCACCGGACAGACCCCAGCCAAGCAGGCCGUGCGCUUCCGGGCCUGGAACGGGCAAAUCUUUGAAGCCGGGGGUCAGUUCAGGCCGGAGGUGUCCGUGGAUGGCUGCAAGGUCCAGGAUGGCCGCUGGCAUCAGACGCUCUUCACCUUCCGGACCCAGGACCCCCAGCAGCUGCCCAUUGUCGGCGUGGACAACCUCCCUCCUGCCUCAUCUGGGAAGCAGUACCGCCUCGAAGUUGGACCUGCCUGCUUCCUCUGACCUCUGACCUCCUGGCUCCUCUAGGCCUCGUGGGGGAGGGAAGAGGAAGAGGCUGCAAAGGGAGGGUACCUAGGGGCGGGUGAGCCCAGGAGAGGUAGCUCCCCCGCCCCGGCAUCCUUGGGCAGGCCCCAGCUGUUGUCUGCCCAGUAGAAGUGGCCUGGGCAGGGGGAGGGGUGGGUGGGUAGCAGGGCCCCGGGUGACGUUGGGAACAGUGGAUCCCAGCUUAACCCCAAAGACCAACCAAAGAGCCAGCCAGAGCAAGCUGGGCCUGCAACCCGCCUGAGCCCCGCGGCCUGUCUCCCAGCUCUGCGGCCACCCCCUUCUCUCCCAGCUUCCUGCCCAAAGAGCCCCACGUUCCAGCUCGAGGGAAGGGGGCGUCUCGUCCGCUGGUCCCUGUGGGGGCGCUUUGAUGUGCAAUAUUAGAGAGGAGACAUGAAAAAGGAGAAAAGGAAAGAAAGAAGUAUAUAUAUUCUAUUUAAACAAACACAAAGGAGGUGCGUUCCUAUUUUUUUCACCAGAGAAACAGGUGAGAGAGAGAAUGAACAGCCAGAGGGUGGGAAGCGGCGGGGGCGAAGCGAGAUCCUCGGAGCUGGGGGGCCACGCGUGCUACCUCCCACUGUGAAACCCCUGGUGCUCGCAAUUGUCUCGUAGCGUUUGUGAUUUUUUUAAGGAAAAAAAAAAACCUAUUUAAGAUUCUGAAGGUGCUAGCAUUUUUGCCACAGACUUUGAAGCAACACGUUGAUGUGGGGUUAUCAGCCACAUUUUUCUCUCUCCUCCAAAUGACCAAGUUUGGGGACGUUUUCGAUUUUCCUGCCAUCACCCUUGUGCUCAUCAGGUAAUCUGCUAAGGAGGGGAAAAAAAAAAAAAAAAGGAAAAAGAAAAAAAAAAAAAGCAAAGCAAAAAAAUACCAAAAAAAACUACCAGAAACAGAAGUAGAAGGAUUUUACCUUUUAACUUAUAGACGUUGAAACGUUUGUCGUCUUGAAGGCAGGGGGUGGUCUGAGCUUGAAGCAUUGUGACUUGGCCUUUCACGGCCCUGCAAGGAAGUCAGGCUUGUCUUGGAGGGAGCGAUCGAGACUGGAGAAUCCUGGGAGAAGUCUUGACCUUGAGGAAACCAGUGAGCAGAGUUGGGUCAGGGCUGGCCUUGGAGGUGGAAUAGAAAUAUGGAACCGUCUCCCGGAGCCGCAUACCAUCCCCCAAGGUCCUCCCAUCCAGGAGCUCGUCCUUCCAAGAUGCAAUCAUCACUCUUGCUUUUUCGUUGUCAUUAAAUUCUGUAGAAACCCAGCGUCAUUAGCUGCCAAUGUAAACGUGGGCUGAGAAACAGUAAUUAUGGGAAUCUCGGAGUUCAGCAUCAUAGCGGUCCUCAGUGUCGUCUGAAUUGUCCUGUCUCAGCGAACCAGUCAACAUCCAGGUUGAUUUUGAGAUGAUUUUAACUAUGGAAUUAUUUUUAUAGAAGGGGAAAUUUUAUGUGAAAGCCUAUUUGUGUCUUUUUUUUUUUUUCUAAAGUUGUGUCUUUGGGAAUUGGAUUUGAUUUUCAUUAUUUAAUACCUCACUCUGGCCCACCCUCCCCACCGGACACUUCCUGUCUCCUCGCCCUCCUGCCCCAGCCCGGAUGCUCCCCGUGGAAGUGCGUUUUGGUAGCAGCUCGGGCCUCAUCUCAGUGCUCGGUGUCCGCACGCCGCCAGUCUCAACCUGGCCUCUGUCUCGUUCUUGGGUUUUUCUGCUGUCCUCGUUGAUGUCUCUGUCCACGUCAGUGUGUUAAAAGCCCAGUGGGUUCCAUUUCUCCUUUUCCCUUCUGGAUUUUAAAUAAAUAUUUAAAACUGAGGCAAUGGAA